GAUGUGCGCGUAAUCAUUUCUGGAGGAUACUUUCACCAAAACUGGGAGGAAAGUCCUUAGCAAUCAACUGAAGUGCUACAAAAAAAAAAAAAAAAAAAAUCGAAACCUUUAUUUUUUUUUCACCACUUACUUUUAUUAAAUUCGCACUCCACGCAUUCUUAUAAGAGUCUUAUUAAAUUCAUCAUCACUGGCACUGACAGGGCAGACCUCCGAGCUUCAGAUGGGAUAGACGUGGGGAGAAAGGAUGCGCCUUUUGAAACACCGUAAGAGGUCGCGUUCAGGUGGGUAAUGAUACUCACCCUGUGAUACAGAAUAACAUCUUUGAAUGAGCAGCAUAUUAACAAUUACGCGUCCAGCCUGACUGAAGAAUGGAAUACGGAGCUGCAGGGUGUUAAAUAAAUUCAACUACUACUGAAGCGCCGUGAAACCAGGCUGACUGAGCUCCUCCACUGGAUGUGGUGACCAUGGUCAAUGAAACCCUCCCUGUGUGGGACCCUCACUCCGAGGAUCACCUCCUCAACAUCAAUGUGGGAGGCUUGAAGAGGAACCUCUGUUCCAGCACCCUCAAGAAGUUCCCAGACACCAGGCUGGGCCGGCUGCUGUCCUGCGACUCGGAGGAGUCCAUCCUGCAGAUCUGCGAUGACUACGACAUGACGGAGAAGGAGUUCUACUUCGACAGGAACCCCGGCCUCUUUCCCUAUGUGCUCCACUUCUACCAGACUGGGAAGCUUCACAUCGUGGAGGACCUGUGCAUCUUCUCCUUCUGCCAGGAGAUCGAGUACUGGGGGAUCAACGAGUUCUUCCUGGACAGCUGCUGCAGCUACCGCUACCAGGACCGCAAGCUGGAGAGCCGGGACAAGAGCUGGGACGAGGAGAGCGACGUGAGCAGCAUAGACACCUCCGUCGACGAGAUCUCAGACCUGACUAAGGACAUCCUGCUGUUCCGGGACAUGCGCUGCGGAACUGUCCGCAAGCGCCUCUGGUUGACUUUGGAGAACCCCGGCUAUUCCAUCCCCAGCAAGCUGUUUAGCUUCAUCUCCAUCAGCGUGGUGCUCACCUCUAUAGCCACCAUGUGCAUCAACAGCCUCCCUGAGUACCAGGUGUUUGACGAGGACGGGACCGCGCUGGAUGACCGCACUCUUCAGAUCCUUGAGUACUUCUGCAUCUGCUGGUUCAGCUUUGAGGUCUUGGCCCGCAUGAUCCUGGCACCAAACAGGAAGAAGUUCUUUUUGAAUCCGCUGAACCUGAUUGACCUUGUGUCCGUACUUCCUAUCUACUUCACCUUGCUCUUUGACCUGGCUGUGGGGAGCGAGUCUGGGAAACUGGGAAACCUGGGGAAACUGGUCCAGGUGUUGCGGCUCAUGAGAAUAUUCAGGGUGUUAAAGCUGGCGAGGCACUCCACUGGACUGAGGUCGCUGGGAGCUACAUUAAAGCACAGCUAUCGGGAGGUGGGGAGCUUGCUGCUGUACCUGGCAGUGGGGGUGUCGGUGUUCUCCGGCAUGGCAUACACUGCGGAGUAUGAAGAGGAGGUGGGUCUGGACACCAUCCCGGCAUGCUGGUGGUGGGGCACGGUGAGCAUGACCACGGUAGGCUAUGGAGACGUGGUGCCAGUCACCGUCGCUGGCAAGCUGGCCGCCUCGGGCUGUAUCCUGGGGGGCACCCUGGUGGUGGCGUUGCCCAUCACCAUCAUCUUCAACAAGUUCUCCCACUUCUACCGCAAGCAGAAGGCCCUGGAGGCCUCCGUGAGGAACGGACACAGGAAGCCGCUGGAGCCGGGGGAGGGCGAGUCCGAGGCGGAGGAGAUGGAGAUGGAGAGCCAGGGACUGGAGGAGGAGGAGGAGGGGGACGACUGGGGGAGGAGCAGGGGAGAGGCUGCCUCCCCCCUCCCCUAGCGGCAGCAGCAGCAGCGGCUCAGCUUUGUAGCUCCGUUCAUGAAUGGUCUUUAUUCAUCUUGAACUCGACUCCACUCGCUCACUGCUAGGCAGCGUGCUUUUGACAGUUUUUAGGCAGCAUGCUUUUGACAGUUUUUAGGCAGCGUGCUUUUGACAGUUUUUAGGCAGCGUGCUUUUGACAGUUUUAGAAGAGUACUUAGUAAGGUAUCUGCAGUGUACUGAAGUUGACUAACAUUACAAAUCGCUGAAUCCUAACCGCUCUUAUGCUGCUUAACACUUCGUUCUGCUGAGAAGGACAGAUUUUGCAUUUUGGUUGAAAUAUUUAAGGGCUUUUGCACACACGCUAUAGCUACUGGCACAUACUUCUAUAAUCCACUGCUGGCAAAGCUGUUGCUUCGUUUGUUUGAAAGAAGGUAAAUUUGUUGUCUGUUUUCUUUCCUUUUUUAUGACCUAUGAAAAUCUAAUUCAAAAUGUUAUUAUCAAGCAAGGGGAUGGAGGCAGCUGCUGACAGGACACAUCACACAGGAGCCAUGACUGCAGACGCAGUUUAUUGGUCUGUAAUUGAAAUCGGCACAGCGAAGGAGCCGGCUCAUAUCCAGGAGGGUUUGGAGGAUUGGAUUCACACUUCGGUUCUCUUUAUAGGAGCUGGCAUUGCAUCCAGGAUAUCGUGCUAGAGGAGGUGCCGCUGUGUGAGCUGAGAGCACAGCCUAGCAGGGAGUGUUAGUGACUUUAUUUGUGAUUGAACACAAAUAAAGCACUGGAAAGAAAUAAAAGCAUGCUUGCAUUGACGCAGUGUUUCUAGAAGGACCGGCGCCCUUUAUUAUCGUGUAAAAUCUGUAGUAAGAUCCACAGAUACAGUGUUCUGUAUGUAUAGGGUGUGAGUGAUCAUAACGCUUUGCAGAACGAGCAGCAAAAGCACUGCUUAAAGUUUGCAGAGCCGGUCCAGAUUGAAGCGUUGGAGUCCCUGCGAUGGCUCCUGUGGUUACAUUGAGAUGGCUCAGUGCAGAGCCCUAAAGCAGCGAUUAGAAGUGAAUACAUACAGCUGAACCCGUCUCUCUUCACAUAGUGCUCACAGAAUUCCGACGAGUGAGUGAGAAUUGGACAACUCGUUUGAGGAUCAUUCGGAUAAGCUAAUGGAAGGGUUUGCUUCCACAGUAAAGGGAGCAAUGGGAGGCCAAGCUUGAUUUGAGAGGAAGCAUGAUGAAAAGCCCUUCCAAAUGCAAUUUAUUUAGUAACGGAAGCCACCGCGUGCACGUACGUGCCCAGUCAUACUUCUGUGAAAUGUUUCUUACAGACUGCAUUUCUAAUAAUUGAUCAGGUGAUCCGAGACAGAGAGAGGAGAUAGAGAGGAGAGGAGACAGAGAGAGAGGAGAGGAGACAGAGAGAGAGGAGACAGAGAGGAGAGGAGACAGAGAGAGACAGAGUGAGAGAGGAGACAGAGAGAGAGAGAGAGAAGACAGAGAGACAGAGACACACCAGUGGUAUAAAAGGAUUAUACAAAGAUUCUACUAUGACACCAGGUGUAUUUUUAUUAUUUUAUUAUUCAGUGCCGUAGGAAAAUACAUUCUUAAAAAAAAACACACAAUCCACGAGCAAGAAUGCAAAAUUGAUAAUUUGAGAAGAAAAUACACAUCAUUUUAAACACUGUAAGUAUAUACAUUUCGAUGACAAAUACAGCAGUUACAAUUAAAACAACCUGUAAAAUUAAAAAUAAAAGUAUCUUGAGCAGAACAAGUGUAUUGAUGUUUUUUUUCUGAACAUCUUCAGUGCUUUUGUGCUGCUGGUGUUUUUCCCUGAAGGUACGAUACAGGGAAUGAAGAGGUAACGGUGUAGAAGAGAGACUUCCUCCGUGUCACACCCCCCCCCC